CUUCCUCCCAAUCUACCAAAAACCCAUCCAAACGACGCCAAAGCCAUUGAAAGAGCCCAUUCCCAUACAUAUACCAUCAAAGAAAACACCGCCACUAUGGUCAAAGCAGUUGCCGUUCUCCGUGGUGACUCCAACGUCAAGGGCACCGUCACCUUCACCCAAGACAGCGAGACAUCGCCCACGACCAUUGAAUGGGACAUUACCGGUAACGACGCCAACGCGGAGCGUGGUAUGCACGUUCACGCGUUCGGAGACAACACCAACGGCUGCACCAGCGCUGGACCUCACUUCAACCCUCACUCCAAGGAGCACGGUGCACCAGAGGACACGGAGCGCCACGUCGGUGAUCUCGGAAACUUCAAGACCGAUGGACAAGGCAAUGGAAAGGGCUCUGUGCAGGACAAGCUGAUCAAGUUGAUUGGUCCCGAGAGCGUUCUCGGCCGCACUGUUGUUGUCCACGCCGGCACCGAUGAUCUCGGAAAGGGUGGUCACGCUGAGAGCAAGAAGACGGGCAAUGCUGGAGGACGUCCAGCUUGUGGCGUCAUUGGAAUUGCAGCAUAGAUUAUUGUGCUGGCAAGAUGUAGAUGUGGUUGAAGAAGAUUUCAUGACAUGAUGAGACGAAGCAGAUGAUAUUGGGUGAUGCACGACAUGGUACCUAUGCUGUUUGCCAGCCAUUGCUGUAGAUGUAGUAUGGACGAAGGUAUACACAUCUUAUCUCCCGCAGCACCAUAUACUUGUUCGAGCGCCCUCUGAAUAUGCUCUUCUGGCCACUACAGUACAGUACAGUACAUGUACAUGUACAUGUAUGCUUCUGAC